CGGUUAACAACGUCCGGCCUCAAAAUACUUCCCCCAUGAACGAGGAAGUCCGCUGUUACAUAUCGCUUUACAAACAUUAUGCUUUGUGAUAGUGGGUAGUUUUUCUUUUAUAUCACGUUGUUUUAAAAUGAAUUCGGACGAGAAGGCUUCUACUCGUCAGCUCAGACGGUCAACAAGAUCUUCAUCAGCCAGUGCGAAAGCGGCGAGUUUUGAGCCAACUCCAAGAGGUCCUCUAAAGAGAACAAAAAAGUUUUCAAAACCCCAAUCUGAAGUCCCAUCUUCAAAUGGAACCAACAACAAUGACUCCGAUGAGGAUGGCUCCCCUAAUAAGAAGACUCGCCUACAGACCGGAGAUAUUCUGGGUGGUGGAGAUGGUAAUGUCCCUCCAGAGGAUGUGUUGGAGCCAAUGGAAACGCAGAAUGAAAGUGAAGAAUUGGAAGAACAUGUAAAGGCUCCAAUUCAACAUUCACCUCAUCCACAAAAUCCCCCUGUUCCAGGUCCUUUUGGAGAUGUGAAAUUAAGGCCUUUAGUCGUACUUGGUCAGCGCUGCUCAGUGAGUCAUCCUGAAAGUGAAAAUGUGAUUAAAUGUCAAGUGGAACAACCAAAGAAAAAUGCUACAUCUCCAUCAAAGAGCAUUAUUCCUCCAAAAAGGACAUCUGAUGUAUGUCAUGUAACAGUCACUAGCAUGGCAGAAUACAAGAGGAAGAUGGAAGCCAAAAGCACAGAAAACCCAAGAGUAAACCACUAUGUCCCAAGUAAUUAUCCAGCAACCAUAAAACGGCAGCGCACAACUGUUUCAACUCAAAAAACAAGUGUGUCUGAGAGAAAACAAGAAAAAAAGAAAACUACUGUUUCCCAUCAGAGCUCAGGUGUUUCAUCAAAAGGUUUCUUACAUUAUUUGUGGCAGCUGGUCCUUUUGAUACUGUUGAGUGCGGGAGUUUUCCUGGCAUUCAAACACCUCCCCACUCGUCAGAAAGCAAAAGAUGAUAGUGAGCCAUCCAGGUCUGUAAACUCAGGGCUCUUUGUUGAAAAAUUGUCCAAUGUGAUGAUGCUCUUCCCCAGUCAACGCCCUGAGCUGUGGAAGAGGAGCCAAAUUCACCUUCAGAAGCACCUGGACACACCCCAUCCCACAGAGCCUGUCAGCCUUGUUCUCACUGCAGGUUUGAGGGCCAAGGAGACGCUACAGUGCCUGGCACAGAAUAUAGCCUCUGCCUUCUCUUCUGCAUUUAAUACGUCUGCUGUUGUCAUAAAUGGAGAAAGUAAAGCCAACAUGGAUAGUGACCAGGUUAAAAUGGAUAUUGACAGCCAACUGAAAGCAGCAUUUGGAAGUGACAAUGUUGCAGCUGUCAUUCACCGCUUUGAAGAGCUGCCCCCUGGUUCAACACUUAUCUUCUAUCGGUACUGUGACCACGAGACAGCUGCUUUCAAACGUGCUUUCUUACUGUUCACCGUGCUGCUCUCUGUGGAAGACCUAAGCACUCAGCAAAGUCUGAAAGAAGUAGAGGAGAUGGUACGGGAUCAUGUGGAAGAGAGGUUUGUGGGGAAAGAAACCGCAUUCAAUAAAAUGGAUGCUGACAAGUUCAGUGGACUCUGGAGUCGCAUUGCACAUCUGAUCCUACCAGUGGCUUAUGAAGAUGAAAAGGAGCAAAAGGGAUGUUGAUCCAAAUCAAAGAAAUGUCUCAAGUUAACAACGUGGGCACAUAUAUUUUGAUCAUUCCUGUUUCAUUCCUUGGUUAGCUGUAUUAAACAUUGUCCUUACUACUUUAAGAGCGUUUACAAUGAAUUGUAUUGAUAUGAUAAAUAUUUACAUUAUUCCACGGUGUUUUACAGUAAGUUUAGUUUUGCACUGUAGUUUAUUUUUUAGAUUUCCAGAUUUUAAAAUUAUUUCCUCAAUUUGACUGCUUGAAACAAAACAAUAUUCAAUAUUCAAAAUUUAAAUCUGUGUUGGUGUUAAAAAGCUUUUGUUUUUGGCUAAUUGUGUGUAAAAAAAAAGUUACUGAAAGUGCCUUAAGAUGUAAAUAAUGUGUAUAUAGUUGAUGUGUUGAUAUAUACUGAGACUUGCAGAGAAACCAGACUGAAUCAAUUUCUGUUAUUUGCUGUCUUUUAAUGGUUUUUUUUCUUCUUUUAAAUUGAACAUUUUAAAUAAAGAAUAUUUUGUUUAUUUUUCA